UGCUUCCUGUUCGUUUCUAUCAGUUUACUUAUCCGUGUCGCGUCUCUGUUCUUUCGCCAUCGCUUUUCCCUUCACAAACAAAUCGUACUUUUGCAAACUCGCAUCAAAAUAAUGGCGUACAGAGCACAAGGCAUUCGUAAGUUGGGGAUAUUUCAGAUGGUAAUCGGUGCCUUAAUGGUGGUCUUCGGCAUUGCAUCCGUAGCUGUAGUACACAGACAAUGGACGUCCGCUGUUGGUUUCGGGAUCUGGAUUGGUGUUUGGGUCAUCAUCACAGGCGUCCUUGGCUAUUUUGGAGCAAGAGAUAACAACACCCCUAACAACUGUAUGCUUGGCACGAUGCUUGGUUUUGCUGUGACGUCAUGUGUGUUCAGUUGUGGAAUGAUCAUCUGUUACUCCUUUGCACUUUCGGAAUGGUCGAAAUAUCUCCGCGACCCUUCUCCUGAUCGUCCUUAUUACUAUUACUAUUACUACAAAUAUAGCAGUCAAACUGCGCGAACUUCUAUAGGCAUUUGCGUAGUUUUACUCCUGUUGGCAUUGACUGAGUUCUUCGUUGCGCUUGCUUCCUCCAUCUAUGGAUUUAUUAACUCCUGCAUCCCGGCUACAAGCACUUCCCAGCAACAAAUGGUUUACUUGCAAGGACAGCCUGCACAAUUUGGACAACCUGGUGUCAUUGCCGGAGCCACAACCAUGCAGACCUACCCAAACCAAGCAUCCUUCAUCAUCCAGCAGCCUAUAGGGGCACCGGCACCUCAGGGGUACCCCCAGGGGUAUGCUCAGGGAUAUCCACAGAAGCAACAACAACCAUACCAGACCUAAGGUGCACCCCCCUCAUGUCUACACCACCCAGUGAGAGGAUGAGCCGUCCACAAGGGGACCUUAGCUAUUUUUUAUAAGCCAGGCAUGUUUCAACUAGCGCGUCGGGGACAGUUCGCGCGGCACGGGGUAGUAGCUCGGAUUACGCAAUGUAACAUCCUGGUUUUCUAAUCAAACACGGAGAGCGCGUCGCAAACAAAGCACAUUUUAGCCAAAAGAUCAGAAUCUAGCCUAACAAUCACUUUUCCUACCGCCCUUUUGUAGUUCUGGAAUCUCAUCCGCUGUUCACUUUAAAUACCAACAGGCGAGGUAAACAAUCCACAUCCUUACUAGCUAGUCAAUAAUGAAGUUAAAACUGCUUAUUGAUUAUUAAAACUUCUUAAAGAUUA